UUUGUUUUCGUCUUUUUUUUUUCUAUUAUACUACUAUAAUGCAUUUUAUAGGAGAAGCGUGUUAUAGAAGACCCUUGGAACCUAGAAUUUUGGCAUAUAGUCGAGGGAGUACUGCAAUCACUAUGGGUUUAUUAUUUUUAGCUUUCUGCGAGUAUCUAAUAAGUCAACCCUUUAAUACAAAUAUCUUCUGAACAAAUAAAAACGGAUAUAGAGACUCCAGAUAUUGAAAUAUGUGUACAAAAUUCUACGAUACGUAUCGUUAAAUGUAGUGCGAUGUAUUACAACUGGACAGUUAUGGAUAUUCCAGAUUGCUGGGAAAAUUUUUUUUAUCCUGGUUUGAAUAAUGGAGAUCAAACCAAAUGCUACUUAUUUACAACUAACAAUGAAUUCCGUAUGGCUCCUGGCCUUAGUCCUGACCAUAGAAAUGGUUUGCGAAGGUUAGAUUUUUAUUGGAAUAUUGAUAAUAUUUCUAAUAUAAGUUAUGCAACCAUUACUGUGCCAGCUAUUGCUGUUCAACUUUACGAUCAUCGUUUUUCUACCUGGGCACCGGAGACUAUCGGUGAUACGGCUGUAGAGAAAGAGAAGCUUGCUAGUAUUCAACUGGGAUCAUCAAGGGCAACAUCUUUUCUAAACCAUUCGUCGAGUAUUUUUUAUUAUGUUGAAAAGUAUCGAGCAAUAAAGCACCGUGAUGCUGCUUCUAUUUUGGGCUUAAAACGAAAUUAUGUAGAUAUCUUUACCCUUGUCAAUUUUCAGCAUAAUUGGCCGCUUCAAGCUAAUCUUUCUUCUACUUUUGAUAGAGAUCUGUAUCAUGGAGUCUUUUCUGUACAGCUAGCACGGAGUACAAUUGAAAUUAAGACAGAAAUUAGACAACAUACUGUACUUGCUGCUAUAGCCUUAGCUGGUGGUUGUUAUGGUGUAUUUACAACCAUUUAUAUCUUAUUAUUCGGUAUGACAAGAUUAACACCAUGGGGUCUUGUGCACCAUAUACCUGCUCUGAUUAGUAAUAAAAAUCAACAACACAUGGAUACAACCGAUGAAGAAUCAAACAUAGAUAAAAGUAAUCAAGAUACACAACAAGCCUCACAUGUUAAGAAGAAUAAGCGUACUAUAACUAUACCAUGGUUUUUCCGUAGACAUAUUAAUGAAAAUAAAACAUUUACAUUUCAUAAACAUGGCGACGCUUUCAUCAAGAAAAUGAUGAUUCAACAGCGAGGAACAGAAGAAAGGCAUUCUUUAGAUAAUCUAAAAAAGGAUGGAUCCAAAUAUUCACCAGAAAUAUCACUGUUACACGCAAAGAAAGAUUCUGAUAUCUUAUCUGAUGCGAGCAGUAGAAGUGAUAAAAUAGAAGAAUGCAGACCAUCAAAAUUCAAUAAAGUAACAUCAUCCGUUAGUACUUCUUUCAAUACGAAUCAGGAUCCAGCUGAAAUUAUUAACCAAUUAUAUAUACAAAAAGAUAAAUCAAGCAGGCUUGAAGCAAUAUCAAAUGAAUUAUCAAACCGUGUUGAAGAACUAGAGAUAAUAUUAAAAGAAUACUUUAUUAACACGACUUAUUUGGAUCAAAUAAGAAGACGUACAUCUAUACUUCCUGUUAACAAUGAAGAAAAUAACAAUUCAUCAUGAUAAAUUCUAUAUAUAAAC